AUGAAUUGGAAACAAAUUAGAGAAAAUGGGGUUAAAAAGUUUCUACUUUGGGAUGAUGUGUAUAAUAUUCGGAUAGAUUUAAUGUUAAUGUCAAUUUUAUUGGUUUUGGUGAUAUCCAUUGUGAUUCUGUUUGCAUUAGAUGUUUACAAUCAUUCCAUCAAAGUUUUGCUUUGGUUGUCGUAUCUUGUUUUCACAUUAAUUUGUGGUGGUAGUACUUUUAUUAAGGAGCUAGUGAUAGCCAUACGAAAGGAUAGAAGUCCAAAAUCAGAAUUAGAAAAGCUUUUAGAAAAUCAUUCAUUCAGACAAUUAUUCAAAGAGUAUAGCACAAAGGAAUUAUCACUUGAAAAUUUUAUGUUUUAUGAAAAGUUGAGAGAAUUGGUAUCAAAAUAUGGAAUGAAUGGUUUUAUUCCACAUGAAACUCUUCAACAAGUUGAAAACCAAUUCUUUAAACAAGACUCUCCCUAUGAAUUGAAUAUACCAUCCAGAACUAGAAAACUCUUUUAUGCCUUAUUUGAAAAUUAUGAAAAACCAGAUUCAUCAAGUGCAGAAUUAAUUGAAUAUGCUAAUACUACAAAAGUAUCAGAUUUAUACACAAUUAUUUACAAUGAUUUACUUACUAACAUGUCUGAUACUCAAAGUAGACUUAUUGAAACUGAUGUUUUUCAAAAUUGGUAUGCUGUAUUUACUAUUCAAAGAAAACAAUCAGUGAUUAUUGUAUAA